AUGAGAAUGUUGCAUCAAAUGGACGCGUUUAGCGACAAAUUAUCCGCAGGUGGAGCUAGUGUGGUUGUAGGUGCUAUUAGUCCUAGUCAUUCUUCAGUUUUGGAUUCCAAUGCCAAUAGGAUGCAUCCCUAUCUGAAGCAGGUGGCUAACGGAACUACACCCAAAAGCUCUCUGGCCAUGAACAACAACAAUAACAUAACCAACCAGGCUAACAAUAAUAACAACAACGUUAGUAGCAACAACAAUAAUUUGCUAAAUGCAACAAACGCAAACGUCGUCGCGUUGUCGCAAACCAAAAAUGAGCAAGAACAACCAGAUAACGACACGAUAAAGAUGUUCGUAGGACAAGUGCCUCGUUCGAUGGACGAGAACGACUUAAGGAGAAUGUUUGAGGAAUACGGCAGGGUACACUCGAUAAAUGUACUUCGGGAUAAAGCAACCGGAGCCAGUAAAGGAUGCUGUUUUGUGACAUUCUUCACAAGAAAAGCUGCCCUACUGGCUCAAGAUGCUCUGCAUAAUGUGAAGACUUUAAAUGGGAUGCAUCAUCCCAUUCAGAUGAAGCCGGCCGAUAGCGAGAAUAGGAACGAAAGAAAAUUAUUCGUUGGAAUGUUGAGUAAAAAGUUGUGCGAAAACGAUGUACGUGCCCUUUUCAACGGAUACGGGACUAUCGAAGAGUGCACCGUCUUAAGAGAUCCGGCGGGAAAUUCUCGCGGUUGCGCGUUCGUCACUUUCGCCUCCAAACAAUCCGCCUUAAGUGCUAUCAAAGGCCUUCAUCAAUCACAAACGAUGGAAGGCUGCUCAGCGCCUUUAGUAGUCAAAUUCGCCGAUACCCAAAAAGAAAAAGAACUGAAGCGGCAACAACAGAUGCAAGCCAAUGUCUGGAAUGCGUUAGCUGCACCAACGCUGGCUUCACCACCUCAGCAAUUCUCCCCCGUUCUACCUACUGAAGCAACGUCGCUACAGCUUCUUCAAGCGAUGGGAGGUGCCGGUUUGCUUCAGCAACAAUUCCUUAGUGGGACUGAAAACCUUCUAGCACCCAUCGGGGUACAAAAUUUGGUGACCUUGGCAGCCAUGUCGCAACCUGCUACCGCGGCUACAGCGCCCUUCAUGGCUAACUUGUUGGGAAAGGGCGCGGGGGUUGAAAGGACGCUUAACGCGAGUUUGCAUCCAACGGCUCUUUCGACGUCUGAUUUGUCGUCUUACGGAUCGUUAAUUAGUAAUGCUACAAUAAAUGCUGCGGCGAUGGCUGCAGCGGGAAAACAAAUUGAGGGUCCAGAUGGUUGUAAUCUGUUCAUAUACCACUUACCGCAGGAAUUCACCGAUACGGACCUUGCGUCAACGUUUCUCCCCUUCGGUCCAGUCAUAUCCGCCAAGGUGUUCAUAGAUAAACAGACAAAUCUGUCCAAAUGUUUUGGUUUUGUUUCAUUUGAUAAUGCGCAUUCAGCUCAACAAGCCAUAUCAGCUAUGAACGGCUUUCAGAUAGGCACCAAGAGGCUGAAAGUACAACUAAAAAGGGCCAAAGAUGCCUCCAAACCUUACUAG